CUCUUCAAUUGGGUCUUCAACAAAUUGUUGGCCCAUUUACAAUUUUUCUCUCUUUUUUUUGGCGUCAUGGAAACGUUUUCACGACGCCGGUCAUUUCCCCAAGCCCUAAACCCUCGUCAGGAUUUCGUUCAGAGUUCUAUCUCCGAUAUACAAAUUUGAGUACAUCUUUCAUCCAUCGCCAUCGCUGCUUCUUCAAUUUCGCCGGGGGACACGAACCUCCCCUCUGAUCGAGGGCUUCCACCGGUUUCUCAUUUUCAGUUGCAGAGUUAUUACGGUAGCUUGGAGUUUUCUUUCUGCUCCAAAUGGGUUGGAAAGCUGCUCAGAAACUCAUCCACCAUUGGAAGAUUGUCCGAGGUGAUAAUGUAAUGAUAAUCAGAGGCAAAGAUAAAGGAGAGACUGGUACCAUAAAGCGUGUUAUUCGUUCUCAAAAUCGUGUUAUAGUCGAGGGGAAGAAUUUGGUGAAGAAACACAUUAAACAAGGGCAAGGUCAUGAAGGUGGGAUCUUUACAGUUGAAGCCCCACUGCACGUCUCAAAUGUCCAAGUGGUAGAUCCUGUGACAGGGAAGCCAUGCAAGGUAGGAAUCAGAUAUUUGGAAGAUGGCAGCAAAGUAAGAGUUGCUCGAGGUAUUGGAGCAUCAGGUUCCAUAAUUCCCCGACCUGAGAUCUUAAAGAUAAGGACAACACCACGACCAACAGUUGCUGGCCCUAAGGAUACUCCUAUGGAUGUGGUGUUGGAAAGGACAUAUGAUCCUAAAACUGGACUUGGAAUGCCCGACCUUAUGAGUCUGCAUAUCCAUCAACCUUCGAAGAAAUCGAAUAAGUGAUUUUUGUCAGCAAGCUGAUGAUGAUUUCUACCUUUUGAUGCCUUUGUGGCCGGAGUUAAAACUUGUUGGAAAGACUGCUGCAUUUGAUUAUUUUGAUUCUCGUUUGAGGGAAGAUAGAUGGAACAACCCAGGAAAAAAUUAUUAUAUACUGCUGCAGACUAUUUUUUGGUGCAUCAAAAAUAUUUACAUAAUAACUCCCUCUAGUAUUCCGGUUCAAGUAUACCUGGUAAUACGCAUUACUAAAACUAAGUUCGAUAAGGCAGGCAAAUAAUCCAGACUGCAGAUUUCCAACACUAUAAACUUCAGAGAUUCAUAAAAUGCCGUAUUAAGAAUAUGGAGACAAGAUAAUCUAGUACUACUGUAUAGCAUUCAAGAUAAACGGACCAUUAAAGUUGGCUGGAGAGUUAUAAUAGUUAUGUAAUUCGCAGUUUUGUUAGUAGCAAAAUAAGCGUUAUUAAGUAAAUUUUACAUUUUACUUAGUUACAGUAUUGUACAGUGUAAUAGUAAACUAGUACUAAAUUAUUGUUAUGCUAAUGAUUUAAAAUAAAUACUCCCUCCGCUCUCAUAAUUAUUGUCCGGUUUGGUUUUCAGUUCAAAUUGAACUAAAAAUGAACUAAUGACUUAAAAUAAAUACUCCAUCCGUCUCAUAAUUAUUGUCCGGUUUGGUUUUUAGUUCAAAUUGAAAUAAAAAUGAAACCUCAAACUGAACAAUAAUUUUCAUUUCUAGUUCAAAUUGAACUAAAAAUGAAAUCUCAAAUUGGACAAUAAUUUUGGGACAAGGGAGUAAUUGUUUUUAAGUCAGUAGUAUAACAAUAAUUGCAUCGAUUAAACCCCCUGGAGCUGAAAAUGGAGCUGAUGAGUUAUAUGGGGUUUUUCCGAAAAUGGUCCGUUUACGACAAAAUCGGCAUACACUUCGUUGUCUCCCCCGGCAUCACGAAGUAACAGUCGAUUAUGGAAGCUCAUUUGGAGGUGGGUGGGUCCUCAGCGGGUCCGACAAUUUCUCUGGUUGGUGGCGAAGGAUCAUUUGUUGACAAACGUUGAACGAAAACGGCGCCACCUUGCUAAGUCUGAUCGUUGUGGCAUAUGUGGUAGGGAACCGGAAACAAUUCUGCAUGCACUGCGAGACUGUAUUGGUGCUGCCAUUAUUUGGUGGCGUCUUAUUCUAGGUGGUUGUCGUUCGGCUUUCUUUUCCAUGCGUCGACUGACUGGCUCAUGAAGAACUUAUGAGGAGAGGUGGGUGUGGGUCGCGACGACUGGAAUUGUGUUUGGGGUGGCUGUAUGGCGGCUUUGGAGGAAUGCCAAGGUCUUCACUGGGAGUGACCAGCCUUUACAACAACGUUUGGUGGAAGUUGAGACGUUUGUUGAGGGGGUGAAGUCGGCUUUGCUUGGUGACCGACAACUGGAGCUCCAAGGUCGUGUGAUGAAUCCUGUUUGGUUAAAAUGGUCACCUCCGCCUGAGAACUUAGUGAAGCUUAAUACAGAUGGGGAUCUCAAUACACUUACUAGCUAGAAUGGCGAGUGCGGGAGGUGUGCUUCGUGACCAUUUGGGUCAGUGGAGAGGUGGCUUUCUUAUGAACAUUGGCUUUUGCUUGAUUACCGGUGCUGAAUUAUGGACUUUGUUUCAGGGUCUAUACCUAGCUUGGGCGCUAGGUUAUCAGAACAUCAUCGUUGAAGUAGAUAAUUUGAGCGUUGUCAGAAUGGCUCUUGGGGAAGUUGACUGUUAUGGCAUGCACAGAGGGUUGUUCAUGGCUGUUCGCGAUGUGUUGAGGAAAGACUGGGUGGUUGAACUGAAACAUAUAUACUAG